AGGCAGCUCAGCCCCGGGGGGGGCUGCAGGGAGGCAGGUCUGGUGUGUCCCCCCCCCUCCAUCACCCCCCCCUUCCCCUCCCCACCCGCUCCCCCCCCGGCCACCCCCCCCACCCCUGCAUGCCCGGGCAGCGAGCAUGGCCCGCAGGCAGGCGCGGGCGGCGGGCGGCGGGCGCUGGUUGCCCUGGCUAGGACUCGCCUUGCUGCCGCUGGCAUUGCCCCCCGCCGCCGCCCCCGGGGGCUGCCCCUCCGCCUGCUACUGCGUGGCCACCCCGGAGCUGGUGCAGUGCCGGUACGAGAGGCUGGAGGAACCCCCGAGGGAGCUGCCGGCCACCGUGCACAACCUCAGCAUCGCGGGCAGCAACCUGAGCGUGCUGCACCGCGCCGCCUUCGCCGCCCGCCCGCGGCCGGACCUGCGCCUGCUCCGCCUGCGCCACGACAACAUCCACACCAUCGAGGACAUGGCCCUGCAAGGGCUGCCCGCCCUCCGCACCCUCGACCUGAGCCACAACCCGCUGCUGUCGGUGGCCCCCGGCGCCUUCGCCGGCGUGCCACUGCUGCGCACGCUACAGCUGAACCAGGCGCUGCUGGCCGCCCCGCUGGAGGAGCAGCUCGCCCUGGCCCUGCGCAACCUCAGCUUGAGGCGCUUGGAGCUGGCAGGCAACGCGCUGCAGGCGCUGCCAGCCACCCUGCUGCCCGCCGGCCUGGAGGAGCUGGACCUGCGGAACAACUCGCUGCAGCGGCUGGCGGCCCCUGAGCUGCGGAGCCUGGAAGCGCCGGGGCUGCGGGGGCUGCGGCUCACGCUGGGGUCCAACCCGCUGAGUUGCGACUGCGCCCUGCGCCCGUUCCUUGCCUGGCUGCGCGCUGCCACCACCCGUGUGCCCGACGCCCGCAGCCUGCGCUGUGCCCAGCCGCCACUGCUGCGCGGGGCCACCCUGCUGCGCCUGCGGCCCGAGGGGCUGGUGUGCACGGCUGCUGAGGGCGGCGAGCCCGGUCAGCUGGAGACGGCCUCUUACGUCUUCUUCGGCAUCGUGUUGGCCCUCAUCGGCAUCGUCUUCCUCAUGGUGCUCUACCUGAACCGCCGCGGCAUCAAGCGUUGGCUCCACAACCUCCGCGAGGCUUGUCGUGACCAGAUGGAGGGCUACCACUACCGCUACGAGCAGGACGCCGAUCCCCGCUGUACCAGUGCCAUCAGCACCCCCGGCCUCUGAUGGCACCCUUGGCAUCCCACCCCUGCCCCUCCGACAUCCCCGGCAUCCGCCUGCCAUGCCGAGCCUCAACGCCUCUGCUCCCAGUAUCCACCACACCCCAGCCCCAGCCCUUGCCAUGGCACCACCAAAAACUAGUUUCUGAGGAUGAGCCGGCCUUGGCGAUGGGUGCCCUCCCCGGAGGGCUCUGGACCAGCUCUCCCUGUCCGUGCCCUAAUCAACUCCGUAGCGCUGAUUCCCACAGGGAACCAGGCUCAGUCCAUUCCACCCAUCCCAGUGCCUGCGGGCGGGGGGAAAGCACGUCUGCAUCGGCCCUGUGGGAUGCCGGCACACACAUCCCCCAAUGCUCCCGGGAGGAUGACAGGCUCCAUCCCGCGCCUCCUCCUCCAGCGGCAGGUUUCUUCAGCGGACUGCGGGAUGCCACGCUGCCAGCGGGGCUCAGCACUGCGCACACGUGAGUGUUUGCUCAGCACAUCCCGGGAAGCAGCAGGCAAUACCUGUAACUGUCCUCCUGGAUGUUCCUGGAGCUUGGACUUGACUUUGACUAUGUACAGCUCUCUUUCCUAUUAGAUUUCUAUUUGACAGAUGCAAAACUUAAUUAUUUUUUUUUUCCCUGCUCCAAAGACAGAGGAAAACACGCUGUCCAGCCGCUCUCCCUGAGGAGCGAUGUGCUUUUCCGAGCAGUUUAUCCAUUUGGUUUUGUUCAAUGACAUUUCCAGCUCUUUCCAGGCACUAAACAAUGCAGCUGUGUAGGAAACGCCUCUGCCAGCUGCGUGCAUGUUCCCCAGGGCACGCAGGGGGCAGCCCUUUUCUGACUCUAAAAUAUAUCCUAGACUAGUCUGUCUCGGCACUUUGUAAUUUAAAACGAGCGAAGCAAAAGCUCUCAACCUAGUUCACCCGCCCGUGUUUGCUUUAGAACUGUGCCUGUUACUAUACCCUAGAGCAAAUAUAUUGAAAGCUGCAUCCACUCCAUUGUCUAUUUUCUAUAAAGCUUCUUGCAAUGAUUUCCGAACA